AUGGGUGGUAUUCUUAGCUGCUGUUUUGGUACUCGAAGCUCAGAAACGGAACCUUUAGUACAAGAAGCCCAAAAAGGCUACGGGUCGUACGGCAAUGAAGACGAUGAGGCUUUGCAGAGGAAAAUAGAGCAAGAGGAACAGAAAUUACUAGCGCGCGAGCAAGAGCUAACUGAGAUUGUCAACAAUACAAAUGAUAAGCUGAUAGACAUUUCGAUGAUGAGCAACAGUGGGAUAGUGGUACAAAGCCACGACCUGGGCGAGGCCAUAAGCAGUGAGAAAAUAAACGGCGGCCAAGACACAAGAGCAGCGAGGUUGCAAUCCGCGGGAGCUUCAGCAGUGUCGGAAUCCCAACGCAAGGCAAUAAAGGGUUUGUACAGUAGGUUUUUUGAAAACUUAGGGCAGCAGCUCCACCUUGAUAGCGCCGACAAUCUGAUUGUAAAUUUAUAG